CUUCCAUUUUCCCCUAUAUAUAUUCAAAUAAAAACUUCCACAUUUUCCUAUUCAUUUUCCAACUUCACAUCAGCUCCAUCAUAUACACCAGCUAGCAGCCUUCUUUUUCCUUCCUUCACCCAACCCAACCAGAAAUAAAAACUUGCCGGAAUCGUCGCCGGAGAUCGAUAUAUUACAUAUUAAUCCUGAUGGUUGUAACAAUUCCGAAUGAAAAUCCCAUCGUUUUAUUUGUGCGUUGGUGACAAUGACCAAUAUACCAAGUUCCCUUUCAGAAAUAUGUCUUACACUUUCUCGCUUAUCUAUGUUUGUCAAUAACCCUUGGCCCUUUUCUUAAAACUAGCUGAUUUAAUCAAAGCUCUAGUUUUUAUAGUUUUCUUGAUUCGAUGAAAAUGGGGAGAUUCAGAGGCUUUUCAAUGAAACACCGGGUCAACAUGCUUUUUCGGGUUUUCCGACGAAACCGAUCCACGACAGGGUAUUACCGGCUUGACCGGCCGUCUUCGUGCUGGAAGACCAAAGCGUCUUCGUGUCUCUUCAACAUGACUAACUACCUGAAGACCAAAGCAAAAGCCAUAUGCUCCUCCAGCUCGGCCCGUAAUCUGGGCCCGAAACGGAUCAUGAGUCGGGGCUACACGCAGUUCGGGCACGACCCGAACGGAGGCAAAACGGAGUCGUCCGACGUGCCGAAAGGUCAGCUGGCGGUUUAUGUGGGUCAGAAAGACGGGGAUUUUCAAAGGGUUUUUGUUCCGGUGAUUUACUUCAACCACCCUUUAUUUGGUCAGCUGUUGAGGGAGGCUGAAGAGGAAUUCGGGUAUAAUCAUCCGGGUGCCAUUACUAUACCUUGCCGGAUCUCGGAGUUUGAGCAUGUUCAGACCCGGAUCAAACAAGGUCGGACCCCCCGGAAGCUGCUUUCGUGGAAACGACAAGCUUCAAGUUGAAGAUGAUUAUGCUUUAGUUACGUGAUGAUGACGAUAAUUAAAAAUAUACUUGUAUUAGUUUAAAUCUAUAUAAUUAUUGUUACAUGCCCUUUUCUUCUUCUUCUUUUUUUUUUUUUUUUUUUGAAAUAUACUUUUGUGGUUUAAGUUUUGUUCAAUUUAUAUUUCUCCUCACUUAGUGGCGCUUUCAGAUUGAUAGAUGUAAUAGAUCUUUUAGGUGUACAGUUUCGAAUAGGGAAUUUGAUGAAAUUUUGUGAAGAGAUUGUGUCCUUUCAUUUUGAUUCUUUUUCUUUUUGUAAUUUUUUUUUUUUGGCCAUUUUCAUCUCUACUUUUUGGUAGUCAUAGUCUCGUAAAUAUUCCUUUGUUUUCUUCCCUCAAAUACAACGAAAGAGUGCAACAGCGCAAGAUACUAUGCAUCAUCAUGUAAUGUAUCAAAAAACAUAACGGUUUUAUUUGUUGAAUUAAAUUUGUACGAUAAAAGUGAUUUUGAAUAGGAGAGGAUAGAUAGUAGUAUAACACAAGUAAACCUGCAUGGGGGUGAAAAUGGUGCAUUAUUGCUUCCAGUUGGUCCAACCAUUUUGUCUAUUUCCAUUUCAUUAAUUAAUGAAUAUGACG